AUGAAGUUAUCCACUGCUACAGUGUUAUACCCCGCACUGUACAAUUGCCCCACCAUCGUUGGAGGAAAAGAGCUUGCCCCCCCAUGGUACGAGUCGUCAUCCUACACUCGUCAAUCAAGAAUCAUGGCCGAAUCUCAGAGCAAAGGCGUUGUCAACGUCGGCACGCGAAAGUCGCCUCUUGCACUCGCCCAGACCCAAAUCGUCGUCGAUGCGCUCAAGAAGAACUUUCCCGAUCAUGAAUUCAACAUCCACAGCAUGACAACGACUGGCGAUCGUGAUCAAAACACAGCGCUCUACAACUUUGGCGGAAAGGGUCUCUGGACUUCUCAGCUGGAGGAAAAGCUCGUCAACAAGGAGCUCGACAUUGUUGUUCAUUCGCUCAAAGACAUGCCGACGGUUCUCCCCGAGGGUUGCGUUCUCGGAUGUGUCACGUCCCGCGAGGACCCGAGAGAUACACUCGUGAUCAAGAAGGAAUUGCAGGACAAGCACGGCUGGAAGACUCUGGCCGAUCUGCCGGACGGGAGCAUCAUUGGUACUAGCAGCGUUCGGCGAAUUGCUCAAUUGAUUCGACGUUACCCGACGCUCAAGUUCAAGGAUCACCGAGGAAACAUCCAGACUCGUCUACGCAAGCUUGAGGAGGAUCCCGAUUUGACCGGCAUCAUUCUGGCCGCGGCAGGUCUCCAGCGGAUGGAUCUCGGAGACCACAUUACACAGUUUCUAGAGUCUGACAAUGGCGGUAUUCUUCAUGCUGUUGGUCAAGGAGCGCUGGGAGUUGAGUGCCGAGCGGAUGACGAAGAGGUGAUUCGGUUGCUCAAGACGAUCGAGAACGAACAGACAGCUCUUGCUUGCGAAGCCGAGCGAGCACUUAUGAGGGCACUUGAGGGUGGCUGCAGUGUGCCUAUUGGUGUUGAGACCAAAUGGGUUGACGACAAGUUACAUAUGAAGGCUACGGUCGUCAAUCUUCGGGGUGACCACGGUGUCGACUCUGACAUAACAGAACCUGUCAAGACACAUGAGGAGGCAGACAAGUUUGGGAGAAAGUUGGCGAAUGCAUUGGUUGAACGGGGAGGCGGUAGUAUUCUUGAUGAGAUCACUAGGCUCCGACAAGUCCCGGAGACAGUCAAGUAGCGUCAUGGCAGUCGGGGACUGUA